AUGAUGAGUGGAGUACAGGACACGGCCCAGGAAGGAGGAAAGGAACAUUUGGCGUUCAUCGCCCUCCCCACCAACUAUGAACAGAAUACGGAGGUCAACUCGGGACAGAUUGCCUCCGCUGACCCCUUCCAAUCCAAUGAUGGUUCGUCUGCAUUCGGCGCGAAGCAGUUCCUGAACUCAAAGGGCCUGGGCUGGGAGGAGCUGGACAUCAACCCGGCCGAGAUUCUGUACAAGGUCAGAUGCGUGCUUCUGCCCUUCAAGUUCGACCGCUCCGUCCUCCUGUCCAACCCCGACUUCUGGGGUCCGAUGGCCGUCGUCCUCACAUACUCGCUGCUCAUCAUCUGGGGGCAGCUCAGAGUCGUGUCGUGGAUUCUCACGAUGUGGAUGCUGGGCUCAUUCCUCAUCUUCGCUCUCGGCCGCGUGCUCGGAGCCGAGAUCACAUUCUCUCAAGUCCUGGGCGUCAUCGGCUACUCGGUGCUGCCCCUCAACUUGGCCGUACUCAUCAUCUCGAUCAUUCCCGAGAUCGCCUUCUCCAUCAUCGUCAGGGUGUUGUGCACGUUCUGGGCGGCGUUCAGCGCAGGAACGCUGCUGGCCCAGUUCCCCCAGGAGAAGAUGCGCGACAAGCAGAUCAUGCUCUCCUACCCCAUCCUUCUCCUCUUCAUCUACUUCAUUUCUCUUUGCUCGGGCGUGUGA